CUCUUACUAACAAGCACCCACUUUUUGAAUUCUGCUGCUCCAUAGGGAGCUGGGAGGCUGCAAAAGGUGUCCACAUGAAAAUCCUUGCAUUUGUAGUUUAAUAAAGAGAACAUAAUACUGGAAUUCUAAAUUUUAAAUGAAGAGCUCUGUGUCUUUCUUUUACUUUUCCUCCUCUUUCUUUAUAUGAACAGCAGUAUGUAUGUGUGUUUGCGUGUGUGUAAUAUUCAUGUCACUUCCGGUUUCCACCCCCACCCCCACUCCCUGAGUGAACUGGAGGGUCAGCCCUCACUGUGCAUCUUUUGUGGUCAAAUUGACGGUCAGCUUCAGAAAUAGUUAGAAAAAAAAAACUUAGAACCUUCCACAAUAAGUACCUAAAGAAGCAACAUUCAGGAAGACAUAAAGGACAGAUGCACCUUCUUUCACAUUAUUGGUGGAUAGAUCAGUGAUGACUAAGGAAGAACUACCACAUUUUCAGGCUGUGUGCUCAGGGACUGGAUCACAAGGAAUAGGAGGAAAUCUGCCAAAGAGGGUGCAGCUAGCCCUUGGAAAUCCUGGUAAUCCUUUAGGUCAAUGAUCUAGAGGUAGAGGCCAUUUCACCCCUUGCUUGAAGGGGUGAUGGCUAGUGAGAAGCUUGCUUACUUCCUCAUACUUAGACCAGCACUAAACCCUAACCAAACACAGACAUUUGAAAGAGAAGAAGGCUUCCUCUUGUACAAACUGGAUUUGUUCUAAAAAGAAAAAGAGCAGAGGCAGCUUCCAGAAGGACCUAUCUUAUAGGAAGUAAGAGCAGACAUCAAGACUGAAGUGGAUGGAUGCCAGGUCAGAGCAGGGAAUGUGUCCAUCAAGAGCUUGCAACAAAGCUAAAGAUGGCCAGGCUGAGGGGAAACCAGGAAGGAUGAGGAUUAAAGAUCUGGGUCCUCAAGAACUUUCAUUAUCAACAGCACACAAGUGAGUUUCAGAAAGAAGAAGCCAUGGCUACAGUGAUACUGGAGAGCAUCUUUCUCAAGCGAUCCCAACAGAAAAAGAAAACAUCACCUUUAAACUUCAAGAAGCGCCUCUUUCUCUUGACUGUGAAUAAACUUUCCUAUUAUGAGUAUGACUUUGAACGUGGGAGAAGAGGCAGUAAGAAGGGUUCAAUAGAUAUUGAGAAGAUCACCUGCGUUGAAACAGUGGUUCCUGAAAAAAAUCCUCCCCCUGAAAGACAGAUUCCGAAAAGGGGUGAAGAAUCCAGUGAAAUGGAGCAGAUUUCAAUCAUUGAAAGGUUCCCUUAUCCCUUCCAGGUUGUAUAUGAUGAAGGGCCUCUUUAUGUCUUCUCCCCAACUGAAGAACUGAGGAAGCGUUGGAUUCAUCAGCUCAAAAAUGUAAUCCGGUACAACAGUGAUCUGGCACAGAAAUACCAUCCUUGCUUCUGGAUCGAUGGGCAGUAUCUCUGCUGCUCUCAGACAGCCAAAAAUGCUAUGGGCUGCCAAAUUUUGGAGAAUAGGAAUGGAAGUUUAAAACCUGGGAGUUCUCACCGAAAGACGAAAAAGCCCCUUCCUCCCACACCUGAGGAGGACCAGAUCUUGAAAAAGCCUCUGCCCCCUGAGCCAACAGCAGCACCUGCCUCUACAAGUGAGCUGAAAAAGGUUGUAGCCCUUUAUGAUUAUAUGCCAAUGAAUGCAAAUGAUCUACAGCUACGAAAGGGUGAUGAGUAUUUUAUCCUGGAGGAGAGCAACUUACCCUGGUGGAGAGCGCGGGAUAAAAAUGGGCAGGAAGGCUACAUCCCUAGUAACUAUGUCACCGAAGCAGAAGACUCCAUAGAAAUGUAUGAGUGGUACUCUAAACACAUGACUCGGAGUCAAGCUGAGCAACUGCUAAAGCAAGAGGGGAAAGAAGGAGGUUUCAUUGUCAGAGACUCCAGCAAAGCAGGAAAAUAUACUGUGUCUGUGUUUGCUAAAUCUACAGGGGACUCUCAAGGGGUGAUACGCCAUUAUGUUGUGUGUUCCACACCUCAGAGCCAGUAUUACCUGGCUGAGAAGCACCUUUUCAGCACCAUCCCUGAACUCAUUAACUACCAUCAGCAUAACUCUGCAGGACUCAUAUCUAGGCUCAAAUAUCCAGUGUCUCAACAAAACAAGAAUGCGCCUUCCACUGCAGGCCUGGGCUACGGAUCAUGGGAAAUCGAUCCAAAGGACCUGACCUUCUUAAAGGAGCUGGGGACUGGACAAUUUGGGGUAGUGAAAUAUGGGAAAUGGAGAGGCCAGUAUGAUGUGGCCAUCAAGAUGAUCAAAGAAGGCUCCAUGUCCGAGGAUGAGUUCAUUGAAGAAGCCAAAGUCAUGAUGAAUCUUUCCCAUGAGAAGCUGGUACAGUUGUAUGGCGUCUGUACCAAGCAGCGCCCCAUCUUCAUCAUCACUGAGUACAUGGCCAAUGGCUGCCUCCUGAACUACCUGAGGGAAAUGCGCCACCGCCUCCAGACUCAGCAGCUGCUGGAGAUGUGCAAGGAUGUCUGUGAAGCCAUGGAAUACCUGGAGUCAAAGCAAUUUCUUCACCGAGACCUGGCAGCCCGAAACUGUUUGGUAAAUGAUCAAGGAGUUGUUAAAGUAUCUGACUUCGGCCUGUCCAGGUAUGUCCUGGAUGAUGAAUACACAAGCUCAGUAGGCUCCAAAUUUCCAGUCCGGUGGUCUCCACCAGAAGUUCUUAUGUAUAGCAAGUUCAGCAGCAAAUCUGACAUUUGGGCUUUUGGGGUUUUGAUGUGGGAAAUUUACUCUCUGGGGAAGAUGCCAUAUGAAAGAUUUACUAACAGUGAAACAGCUGAACACAUUGCCCAAGGUCUACGUCUCUAUAGGCCUCAUCUAGCUUCAGAGAGGGUAUAUAGCAUCAUGUACAGCUGCUGGCAUGAGAAAGCAGAGGAACGUCCUACUUUCAAAAUUCUUCUGAGCAACAUCCUAGAUGUCAUGGAUGAAGAAUCCUGAGCUCACCAAUAAGCUUCUUGGUUCUACCCCUCUCCUCCACAAGCCCCAAUUUCAUUUCUGAGGAAAUCCCAGGUUUACAGGCACUGGAUCCUUUGUGCUCUUGCUGAAUACACAAAGGCCCCUCUCUACAUCUAGGAAUGACUCUUUUCUAUGAUUCUCUGGGAUUCUGAGCAAAAGCCAAGGAAUUCUUGUGCCUGGUAUUGUUCUCAGAGAAAAUAAUUUCCAGGAGUAUUAAGACAGGACUGAAUUUGGGAUGGAAAGUUUGGAGGAGGGAGGGAUGUAAAUAGCCUGACAAGGGAUCCAACAGCUCUUUGGGUAGGCAUUAGAGCUUGGGGGGCGGGAGGCAGAAUUUGGCAAGAAUAAAAUGGUGUCAUAAAAAUGGGAGGGCAGGGUGUUUUGAUAAAAUAAAAUUACUGGAAAGCA